UGAGAGGAAAAAUGAAGUAUUUUAACUCGGUUGUUCCUCCAUUGUUAUAAACAUUAAACAAAUCAGCUGGUUUCAAGACUGAUAGGAAUAGUUAACAUGCCGUUCAAUCCAAUGUUUGUGAGUAAUAAUGGCCCUGAGCUAACGGUGCCAAGUACAGCAGAGUACGAUGGAGGGACAACAGUUACCAAAGAACAGAUGAUGGCAAAGGUUAAAGAAGCAAAUAUGAAAAAAAUGAAGAAGACGACAAAAUCUAGAUCUUUCUUGGAAAAACUGAAGUUUAUGACGACAUUUACAUGUUCCUUGAUCGCUAUGUGCAGCUUCAGCGCUCUCAUGUUCCUCGUUCCAUUCAUCGUAGAUCCAGCUCUAGCAACGUUGACAGCAGACUUUGUGGAUCGUGCUGUGGAGUGUAGAGUUAUCACAAGCAAACCAAUUCUAGGGGCAAGCAACUGUUCUUGGUCUUCCUGUAGGGAGGGGUGUACCAGGGAUAUCUUCCAAUGUCAUCAUAUAUUAGUAGAGUAUUCUUUAUCUCAGGAAGACUACACAAUAAUAAAAACGGAAAAAGAAAAAAUAGGAGAAGGUCCCCCCAGCACCAAACAGAUGGCAGCACUGUUUGUAAACGUGAAGGGUUGUGGGUAUCCCCCUGCAGUACAGUGCAAGGAUUGGUUGAAGGAAUAUGGUAGAGUAGGAGGACUGUUCCCUUGUUAUUAUGCCAGGACAAAUCAGAGCUUAGCUAUUACACACAUUGAUCUUAAGGCUGACCUACGUGACCUCCUGCUGUCGACUCUAGUUCCAAUAGUAGCGUGUACUCUGUCUGGAAUUAUAUUAUGUAUAAUGCACACGAGAUGUUUGUCAGUAUGUCGAGCACCUCGUAUCAAUGAUUUAGAUGAUGAAGAUGAAGAUGAAUACACAAACAGGUUCAAAUUAAUAUACAGUGGGGCACAUACAACUGUGACAGGGUUACCCACAAAGGAUGAGACUUCAGAGACAGGCGAAUGUAGGAAAAUCUAUAUUGGAAACUCAGCUUUGCUUGGAGACAAAGUUUUCUUUAUAAGAGUCAAUCCUAUUCAACUAGAUCUUUUAACCCAAGCUAAAAAUUACCAUUUCCGUGGUAUUACAGUUUUCUCUAAUCAAACAGAAUUGAGGUAAAUCGGUUCAGGGGUUCCUGAGCUACGAUCGGACAUACAAACAAACAGACAAACAGAUAUUACUACUCUAUACAAAUACUAUCAUGGGAACCCAGCUUUACCUGGAGCAUAAACUUUUCUAUGAAAAUAAAACUACUCCACUUAGAGCUGUCAAACUCAAACCAUGCUUAAAUAAGAACGUUAUCAGGGUUCAACCAAGUUCCCCAAUCAAAAUUUUAAACAAAUUUCUUUAAAAAAAAAAAAAAAUAAGGAAAUGAGCUGAAUCAAGAGACUUUAUA